UGCGGGGCUACCAGGUGCAGAUGGCGGGCGCCGCCCUGUACCGCAACACGCUGGUGUGCCUGCCCACCGGGCUCGGCAAGACCUUCAUCGCCGCCGUGCUCAUGUACAACUUCUACCGCUGGUUCCCCGACGGCAAGGUGGUCUUCACGGCGCCCACCAAGGCGCUCGUCGCCCAGCAGCGGGACGCCUGCGCCCGCCUCAUGGCCAUCCCCCGGGCCCACAUGGCACGGCUCACAGGCUCCACUCAGGCCCACAUCAGGAAGGACAUCUGGACCAGUAAGCGAGUCCUGUUCCUCACCCCUCAAGUCAUGGUGAAUGACCUUUCUCGAGGAGCCUGCCCCGCUGUUAAAAUUAAAUGCCUAGUCAUCGACGAAGCCCAUAAGGCUCUUGGAAAUUACGCCUAUUGUCAGGUUGUAAGGGAGUUAACAAAGUAUACAAAUCACUUUCGAAUUCUGGCUCUCAGUGCAACCCCGGGCAGUGAUACAAAGGCCGUCCAGCAGGUUGUUUCCAACCUCCUGAUCGGACAGAUAGAGCUCCGUUCUGAAGACUCCCCGGAUAUCAUCCCUUACUCCCACGAGCGACGGGUCGAAAAACUCGUGGUGCCGCUUGGUGAAGACCUAGCAGCAAUCCAGGAUGCUUAUAUCCAGGUAUUAGAAGCGUUUGCCAGUCCCCUGAUUCGAAUGAACAUCUUGAUGCGGCGAGACAUCCCCAAUCUCACCAAGUAUCAGAUCAUUCUAGCCAGAGAUCAAUUUAGGAAAAACCCCUCCCCACAAAUGGUCGGGAUUCAGCAAGGCAUCGUCGAAGGGCAGCUUGCUCUCUGUAUUAGCUUAUAUCAUGGUUUUGAGCUACUGCAGCAAAUGGGACUGAGGUCAUUCUACAUGUUCCUGCGUGGAAUUAUGGAUGGAACUAAAGGCUUGGCUCGUGCAAGAAAUGAACUUGGGCGGAAUGAGAACUUCAUGAAGCUGUACAGACACCUGGAGAGCAUGUUCCCAGACAGUGGGACACAUUCAGGAAGUAGUACCGGCAUUAGCGCCACACGGAUAGGACAUGAAGAUCGAAAGGUUUUCUAUAGCCACCCCAAAUUAAAAAAAUUAGAAGAAGUUGUAGUGGAACACUUCAGGACGUGGAAAGAUCAAAGGGUAUCCGAAAGCAAUUGUGACGGUACCAGGGUUAUGAUCUUCUCCUCGUUUCGAGACAGCGUCCAAGAAAUCGCAGACAUGCUUCAUCAGCACCACCCUAUUAUCAGAGCCAUGACGUUUGUCGGGCAAGGUUCAGGGAAGAACGUGAAGGGUUUCACCCAGAAGGAGCAACUUGAGGUAGUGAGACAGUUUCGCGAUGGGGGAUAUAACACACUGGUCUCGACGUGUGUCGGUGAAGAAGGUUUGGAUAUUGGAGAAGUUGAUCUUAUAGUCUGUUUUGAUGCCCAAAAGAGUCCAAUUCGCCUCGUGCAACGAAUGGGAAGAACCGGCCGCAAACGUCAAGGCAGGAUUGUGGUAAUUCUGUCAGAAGGAAGAGAAGAACGGAUGUAUAAUCAAAGUCAGGCAAACAGAAAAAGUAUUUAUAAAGCGAUCGCAGGAAAUAGCAAGGCCCUUCAUUUUUACCAAGGAAGCCCGCGUAUGGUUCCCGAUGGAAUCAACCCUAAACUGCACAAAAUGUUCAUCACUCCUGAAACACCAGAGUCAGCAAAGCCUUCCAGAACUCUGCCGCGAAAGUCAUCACUGUCUUCCUGUGGAGGCAAGCAGAGAAAUUUAAAGGAAGGCUGGUGCCUUUCAGAAGAAGAAUUUGAAAUAUGGAACCAGCGUUAUAGAUUAAAAGAAAGUGAUCAAAUACAAGAAAUCAUCUUCCCCCAGGGCCGGUUUGCAUCUUUGCAAGAUGAGAAAGAAAUACCACAACAGAACCCAAGAGCCGGCACCCGUGAACUGUCUCUCUUUGAGUGGAGAGUCUGGCAGAAUCGGCCCUUUCCCACUCAUCUAGUCGAUCAUUCAGAGCGUUGCUACCACUUCAUAAGCAUCAUGGAAACGAUCGAACUGAUGAGACACGAAGAGGGGGAAUGUAGCUACGACCUGGAAAUUAAACCGUAUUUGCAAAUGGAGGACGUUACUUUCCCAGCGAGUGAUCUGAGGCGGAGCUGUGCCCUUCCCAUCUCCGGCCCCGCCAAGCCACAGAGGGAAGGGAUCGGCGAGCCGUCAUCCCCGUUCAUCGGGUCCGCUGAUGGACAGACGUCCCUGUCCGAACCGCCAGCUGGGCUCAGAGCCUCCGGAACACCACAGCCCGGGCGAAGAACAAUCCUGGCGGAAGUGGAAAAAGCGCAGCCCACUGAGGAAAACACCGAUGGGGGUGUUAAAUCCUCGAUAACUCCAGUUCGCUCUCCUGCUGAACAUUCACUUCGGGGCGGUCUCCAGGAGGGUAAAAUGGAGCCCACCGCGGAGCAAAUGACGGUCCAAGGCGAGGCUAGUGAAAAAGCUGAGACUUUGGCAGGUGGGCGGUCAUGUGAGGGUCAUUUCUCAAUGACCAGUAAGUGCGCAGAUUCUGGUUAUAACAGCUUUGCUGGAGAGAACUCAUCUGCUUCAUCCAGCAUGUUUUACCCUCCGGAAGAAGAACUGUUUUCAGCUGGAGCAGCUGCUGAGUUUUAUCAAGGUGGCCACUCAUUGACCCAGGAAAUGCUUGCUAAUGUCGAAAGAUUUCUGUCACGGUCUCCCCCUCCUCUAAGUGAAAGCUCUGAUUUUGAAGAUGGCGGACUCCAAGUUCUUGCUUUACAAAGCAACCCCUCCUUCCCCAGCGCAGAGCAAUUUCAAAACGGCAGCCCCAUCCAUCUUGGGGCUCAUUCAACUAUACACACUCAACUGAGCUGGGAAUUAAAAUUGCCCCAAAACAGCCAACUUUCAAAACCAAAUCUCUCCUCUGACGCGUUGCAUGACAGGCCGAGCUGGGAUGAUAUAUUUGAAUGUGACGAUGAAGCGAACGUAGAUGUCGAAGGCGAAGAUCUGGAAGUGGAAAAUCACAUUCAGACAAACAGUGUUUCACCAAAAACCUUAAAUGGAGAAAGGCAUAAUGGAGCUUGUGGAAGCCAUGUGGAAGGAUUGGAAAUCGAUCAAGACAGCAUAAGAUUAUUUGAAGAUGCCGAUGAUGAAUUUCACAACAAAAGCCCUUCUCAUCUCAGCAGUAGCUGCAGGAUUUUAUUGACCCCAGACAGAGCUGCAGCAGAAGAAGUUCCUCUUGCCUUUCAUUCCCCCUUUUCUAAUGAACAGAUUGAAGGCAAUGAUUCCGAAUCCAGAAAUCCACUAGAGAACAACCCUGAAAUCCGGGAAUCUUCUGAAAACUUUUGGGGUGAGAACGAGAGCAAACUGCAGAAUGGUGAAGCAUAUGACAACUCUAAAGAAUUAUUUUCUAUUACCUUUGAUUUAGGGUUUUGCCUGCCGGAUUCCGACGAUGAAAUCCUAGAGCAGGCAGCAGAUGUGGAUCCAAUUGAUGUUGAGAAACCAAAUUAUCUUUCUGGGAGCCCUGCGGAUUGCAAAAAUAUGAAGGGUACAGAUUUUAAAUUAAGUAAGGCAUCCUCACCUUGGGGUCAUAAUGGAAGUGAGACUCAAACAGUAUUUUCUACCCCAUUAACCCUUCAAAAUCAUCGUAGGGGUUCAGAAAAACGAUCCAAACCAUUUGAUCCGGAGUUUUCUCCUCUGAGUGAAGCAAAAGAAAGGGAAUUCGGAUCUCCUGAUAAUGCCGUCGCUGCUACAUCAUUUUCUUCAUUGGGAGUUGAAAAGAUGGGGAGCACUCCGUCCUGCAGACCAGAUGCAAUGAAUUCAUCUUCCAAGACUGGACAGAAAGUACUUCAAACCCCAGCUACUCAUAGGCAUAGAGUAAAUCCAAGAAGUAUCAAAAAAGUUUUAAAUUCAGCUUUUGAGAAUCCCGGACUAGGCACAGAAAAAGUGAAAAGCAACACUCAUGUAAGAUUGCAUGAGGCUGGUCCUUUUAUUGUGAAAGGAAGUAGCAGUGAAAGUGACGAUGAUGUGGCUUUCCAAAGAAAAAGUGAGAAAAAGAAGAGAGAUGUCUUGCAAUCCCCUGAGGGUUCGAAUAAGAGUGAUGUUGAUUCUCCUCUUCAUGUCGUCAAAAAACGGAGACGUCCAUUAAACACAUCAGAAUCUUCUAGUGAUGAGAGUGCGGAUUUUCAAAAGCCAGCCAGACCUCAGAAUAGGAACUUCAAGAGCGACAACAAGCAUUUUCGAAGUGGUGCUCGAGCUGAAAAAAACCAUCUACACCUGAAGUCUGCAGGGAGGCAGUUUUUAGAUGAAGAGGCAGAGCUUUCCCAGGGAGAUGGGGACACUGUUUCGUCAGAUGAAAGUGAUGACUCCGAAAAUGAACAGGACCCCAUGCUCCUUGAAUUCCUUAAUGAUGGAACUCAACUUUCCCAGGUUUUAAAUGAUUCUGAGAUGGAAGGUGUUUAUCUAAAAUCUGUGCGCAGUCCAUGGAUGAGCAAUAAGUAUAAAAUGGUGCACAAGAGACGUGAUGUGACCACCAUUUUCUCUCAGAUUCCUGAGCAAGAUGAGGCUUAUGUAGAAGACAGCUUCUGUGUGGAGGAGGAAGAGGAAGCCCUUUGUAAAAGCGAUUCAGGUGAAGAGAUAUGCGUUGACUUCAACCUACUCAACGAAGAAUGCUUUACCGGCAUCCGGAAAAAAUACCAGACUCGGCGAGCGGUGAAACUGAAGCAAGCCCGUGAAUUGCCAAGGAAGAAAUUAUCCAGAAUUAUUGUUAUUGAUGAUUCUAGCGAGGAGGAGGACAAUGCUAGCGAUAAACCCGAGUCCAAUGCGACAGCGGGUCCCAAUUCGAGCAAGAAGGAGCUUCAGGGGGACUGUUCUGCGUCCCGUUUGCCGCCUGGCCCUUCUAUGGAGCCACAAGCCAACACGAGUCAGAGUGGUGCUCCUCAGUCACUGACCCAUAAGCCAAAUCCGCUCGGGUUAAAGGCUGCCGUCUCCGAAGUGGUUGAUUUCCAGCCCGAUCAUAGGGAUGAUGUGAUCUGUGCCUUGCCGGCUGCAGUCACAGCCGAUUCGGGAAGAGACGGCGGGCGUCGUUCAGGGAAACUCAAGGGAGAUGGCUCUCUGAAGGCUGUUGAGCCGUACACUUCUGCUUUAUGUGGCUCCCUUCCAGAAGAACGCUCGGGUCGGCCCGAUGUCGCAAUGGACCAAAGAAAACAAACCUGUAUUCUGGUAGAUUGCCGGGAGAUCUCGUCCGGCUCGGAAAUCAUUUCUUCCCUAAAGGCAGUUCAUAAAUUAGACGUGGAGGUGUGUUCCCUCAGUGGCUGUGAUUAUAUCGUGAGCAACCGAAUGGUGGUGGAAAGAAAAUCUCUGUCUGAGUUGCUGAACAGUCUGAAUAGAACUAAACUUGUGGAGCGGAUUCAGCACUUGCAAAGCAAGUUUGAAAGAAUAUGUGUGAUUGUGGAAAAGGACCGAGAAAAAACAGGAGACACAUCCAGGUUGUUCCACAGAACCAAGAGCUACGAUAGCCUGUUGGCGGCCUUAAUCAGUGCCGGAAUCCGAAUUCUUUUCAGCUCUUGCCAAGAGGAAACUGCGGAUUUGCUCAAAGAAUUGGCUUUAGUGGAGCAGAGAAAAAAUGUUGGUAUUCAAGUGCCAACAGCAGUGACGGGCAGCAGGCAGGGAAUCCUCCAGUUCUACCUGACGAUUCCCAACAUAAGCUACGUCACUGCGCUGAACAUGUGCCACCACUUUCCGUGUGUGAAAAAGAUGGCCAACAGCUCACUCGAGGCGAUUGCUUUUUGCGCACAAGUAACUCAGCAGAAAGCCGAGGAGAUCUACCAUUACAUUCACUAUGCCUUUGAUGAACAAAUGUUGCCAGACAACCCGAAUCAUGGCAAGGCGAAACCCAGAUUACAAUAGCAGGGCCCAGGAAAGGACGGCGGGAAACUCCAGAUACCAGAAAUGCACUUUAUGAAAUAGCUCGAUUUUCGAUUCCUGAAAGGGUCAAUAAUCUCAGCAUUACUUAACUCUGGGUAACACUGAAGGGACCAAGUCAGGGUGCUAGAGCCAAACACCGCUGAAGAGCACUGAAAUGAAAACUUGGCUGGCUCCCGUCACUGCUUCCGGACCUCACCCGCUCCACCCAGGAUUCCAAGUUCCUGACCAUCAUAUAUAUCAAUCAAAGUUCAGAGCAGUUGGAAAAACGGCAAAGGUCCAUGGGCUGAAGGAGCUGGUACCCAAGUCAGGGAGCCCACCAGGCAUCAACACCAGGGAACAUCUCCUUGGCUCCUCCUAAGGUAAAUCCACCCCUGAAGAAGGGCUUUGGCUUUCAUCCUCUCGAAGAUUUUUACCGGCGAUUCGUACGUCACAGGGUCAAAUUCUCUCUUAAAGC